GGUCUGUGCUGUGGAGUGGACAUGAGUAAUUGUGUUUGUGCUGUUGGCUAUAUGUAUAUAGGCUAGUUGUAUUUAUAUUUUGUUUGUGAGUAAUCUGUCAGUGUCAGUAGUGAUUAUUAAAUAUUCUAAAUGGAUAUCAAUCUAAUUCUAGAUCGAUAUUAGUUGAAAUCAAAUCUACAAUAAGUAUUUAAAAUAAAUAAGUCUGUGCCAUAUUAGUUUUAAAGGUGCAAAUUAAAAAGUAUUUACUAGUUUGCUGGUUGAAUCUGUAUUGGUUUUACUAAUGCACAUAGAAAUGACUCUUAACAACGUUCUCCUAAUAAGUCAAUUGUCAGCAUAUGUUAUUGCUUUUAUAUUGUCAUUAUGCAUAACUGUGCCAAUGACCAUGCAUCAGGAAGAAUUCAGAGGUCACUGUUUGCUCUUCUCCAAUGGCACAUGGACAGAUGAAGGCCAGCUGGCUGUCGAUUGGGCAUCUCAGGCCUACUGUAACUACACCAUAUUUGUUGGUGUUCUCUUAUCAGUGGUCUCAGCUAUACAGAUAUACAGGAUGGCAAUGUACCUGUAUAAAGAAAGUGACAGCUCUUUCCUCUCAGCAUUUGUGGACGUGGUGGGAAGUCUGUUUCUGUGCACCAUGACUGUAGCUGCUGCCCUCAUGAUCACACUCGGCUUUAUGGUUUGGUGUCAUGAUAUGACCGAGAGAUUUCCAUCUUGUGAGAUUGCUGCUGGAAAUGCGUUUGACAAACAAGACGGCAUUGAUACAGCCAACUUUUACAUUGAACUUGGGACAGCUCAGUUUGGUGCUUGGGCAUCAAUGGCCUGUUGGGUCGGCCUGUCAGUGUUUGCAAUGCUGAAACUCUGCCGUUACCACCAGCUGGAGAAUAUGCGAGUGUCGAUGUUCCGGGAACGUCAGCGCCUCAUCAACGAGGGCAGUGGACAAUUUCCUGAGAGUAGCAAAGCUCAUACCAAUCCUGUUCCAGGGCCUCCACAGAUAUAAGCCACUUCGCUUGCAUGAGUUUGUUUUGAUAAUUUAGGUACGUCUAAAUUGGGGAACCAAAGAUUGUGCGAUUUCAAAUAAUAAAUUUCAUAUAAAAUUGUAGCGUUUGUAAACCAAUCCAAGUGAUAUUAGUUUUUUAAUCAAUUUACAGGGUUUUAGAAAACCUUAUGUUGAUAUAAGAUAAGUAAUGAAUAUUUAGAGCUUCCAGAAUAAUUUUAUUGAAAUAUUUAAUGGAAAAACUUUAAAUUUUUGUUGUGCAAAUAUUGUAUAAUUAUUAUAUUAUUUACAUCUUAUGAUGAAAAAAAUAUGUUUAAUGAAAUGUUUAGCUUUAAAUAAUUUUGUAUGUACGAUACAAAAUCAGUGAUUACAUGUAACUAAAUCUAAGUAAGCAACCAUAACUAAAACUUGAUUUACAAAUAUUGUAAAUAUUGUGAAUCCUGUUUACUUAACUGUAACUUGAUAAAUCACCACCAUUAUAGAACAAAAUAACUGUCCUACUUUGUGAAUUUAAUAAUAACAGUUACUCACCAUCACAUUUAACAUCAGUUUUGUGUAAAUACAUAUAUUUUUAAGUGUUUUAAGUUUUAUAUAAUAUAUUAAAUAUGAUUUAGGUGUAUAUGUGUUGCAUAAAAUAUAUAAUAAAUUGUUGUUUGUUUAAGGGUAAGUUGUGUUAACUGUGAUAGAUUGUCUGUUUUAUCUGGAGUACAAAAUAUUUUGCAAUAAACCUGAUAUAUAUAUUCUUUUGUAUACUCAGAAAAGCUGUGUUAAAACGAGUUUGCUAUGUUACCUUAUUUUAUAUUAAUAAAUUGCAUUUAAAAAUAAAAAAAUUAACAUGUUUCUUUCAUUUAAUGUUAAUGUAAAUAUGGAAUCAUUAUGUAUAAAUACCCAAACAUGUCCUAAGCUAUCAGUGAAAUGCAAUUUCUCAUGAAGAAUUUUAUUUAUAACAUAAAGACUUAUUUUAAUAAAAACAAAACUUGAUUUUUCAAUUUU